AUGUUUGCGUCUUUUGUGUUCAUGCAGCAACUCAAACACGCCAACCUGGUCAAUCUCAUCGAGGUGUUCCGACGUAAGAGGAAGCUGCACCUUGUCUUCGAGUACUGCGACCACACGCUUCUCCACGAGCUGGACCGACACCCCCGAGGGUGGGUGACUCGCCCCUAUCACCAUAAACCUUGACAAACCAAAUACGUCCAACAUCAAUUCCUUGUUUGUUUGUUUUUUUUCCUCCGUCGUCCUCACGUUACAUGUUUGCAUGGACACUUGUUGCUAGGCAGAUUUCAGAGUGCUCAAUCAUUAUGCACUUUUCCCAACUAUUUCAGCUAUACCUCUCGUAAUGAUGACUUCAUUUUCAUCAUAUUUUGACAUCAUUUACACAACUUUUUAUAACUUUUUCCGUAACCUAAUUUUCCACUAUUUGUAAUUUCUCUUUCAAUUUUUUUUUGCUCUUAAUAUUUUACCUUUUUUUCCCCAUUUCUGCUGCAUGUUUUUUUUUUGUUUCAUUUGUCCAACUAUUUCAACCUUCUUCUUGAAAAUGUUCUCCUUGUACUUAUGAUUUUAUUGCCGUGAUAUUUUUACUUUUAUCGUAACAUAACUUUUUCUGCAACUUAAUUUGACAAAAAAUAACUACUGUAUUUUUUGUCAUAUUUCUUAAAAAAAACUUUUUCUUUAAUAUUUCAACUCUGCUACUAAGGUGACGUUAUUUUUCCUCAUAUUAUGACUUUAUUCUCAUAAAAUUAAGGUUUUUUCCCAUUUCUGCUCACAAUUAAUAACUUUCCUUGUGUAAAUUUCAUACUUGUAAUGAUGACUUUCUUUAUUUCCAUAAUAUUUUGGCAUUAUUUUUUCGCACAUUGGAACUUGUUCUGGGACCUAAUUUUCCAAAAAUUACAACUUUCUUUGGUGGUUCUCUUUCCAUUUUUUUUUUUCUCGUUGAAGUCGUUAAUAUUUAGACUUUGUGCUUGUAGAAUUUCCGCUUUUUAAAAUUUUUAAUUUAUUUCUGCCAUUUUUUAGUUGAAAUAUUCCAGCUAUUUCAACUUGCAUGCAUGCACAUGUGACAACUUUUUUGUUUUGUUGUUUCUCUUUUUACUCUUACAAUACAACUUUUUACUGUCAAUAUUUCGACUUUAUAUGCGGACAAUUACAGCAUUUUUUUUCCCCAUUUCUGAUGUUUUUUUGGAUGAAUGUUUCCAAGUAUUUCAACUUUCUUCUUGUAAAUUUUCUCCUUGCAAUAAUGACUUUAUUGCCAUACUAUUUUUGCUUUUAUUCUUGUAACAUCCAUUCAUCCAUCCAUCUUCUACCACUUAUCCGAAAUCGGGUCACGGGGGCAACAGCCUAAGCAGGGAGGCCGAGAUUUUCCUCUCCCCGGCCACUUCGUCCAGCUCCUCCCGGCGGAUCCCUAGGCAUUCCCAGGCCAGUUGGGAAACAUAGUCUCUCCAACGUGUCCUGGGUCUUCCCCGAGGCCUUUUACCGGUCGGACUUGCCCUGAACACCUCCCCAGGGAGGCGUCCGGGAGGCAUCCUGACCAGAUGCCCAAGCCACCUCAUCUGGCUCCUCUCAAUGCGGAGAAGCAGCAGUUCUACUCCGAGUCUCUCCCGGAUGACAGUGCUUCUCACCCUAUCUCUAAGGGAAAGCCCAGCCACCCUACAGAGAAAACUCAUUUCGGCCGCUUGUACCCGCGAUCUUGUCCUUUCGGUCAUUACCCAAAGCUCAUGACCAUAGGUGAGGGUAGGAACGUACAUCGACCAGUAAAUUGAGAGCUUUGCCUUUUGGCUUAGCUCUCUCUUCACCACAACAGACCGAUGUAGAGUCUGCAUCACUGCAGACGCCGCACCAAUUCGCUUAUCAAUCUCGCGUUCCAUCCUUCCCUCACUCGUGAAUAAGACCCCAAGGUACCUAAACUCCUCCACUUGGGGCAUCCCCGACCUGGAGAUGGCAUUCCACCCUUUUCCGGGCGAGAACCAUGGAAUCGGACUUGGAGGUGCUGAUUCUCAUCCCGGCCGCUUCGCACUCGGCUGCGAACCGAUUCAGUGAAGUUGAAGUUCACGGCUUGAUGAAGCCAGCAGGACCACAUCAUCUGCAAAAAGCAGAGACUCAAUCCUGCAGCCACCAAACCGGAACCCCUCAACGCCCUGGCUGCGCCUAGAAAUUCUGUCCAUAAAAAUAAUGAACAGAAUUGGUGACAAAGGGCAGCCCUGGCGGAGUCCAACCUUCACUGAAAACGGGUCCGACUUACUGCCGGCAAUGCGAACCAAACUCUGACACCGGUCAUACAGGGAACGAACAGCUUGAAUUAGCUGGUCCGAUACCCCAUACACCCGGAGUACUCCCCACAAAAUUCCUCGAGGAACACGGUCGAAUGCCUUCUGCAAGUCCACAAAACACAUGUAGACUGGUUGGGCAAACUCCCAUGCACCCUCAAGGACCCUGCUGAGAGUGUAGAGCUGGUCCACAGUUCCACGACCAGGACGAAAACCACACUGCUCCUGCUGAAUCCGAGAUUCAACUAUCCGGUGGAUCCUCCUCUGCAGAACCCCUGAAUAGACCUUACCGGGGAGGCUGAGGAGUGUGAUUCCACGAUAGUUGGAACACACCCUCCGGUCCCCCUUCUUAAAAAGGGGAACCACCACCCCAGUCUGCCAAUCCAGAGGCACUGCCCCCGAUGUCCACGCGAUGCUGCAGAGUCGUGUCAACCAAGACAUGCCUACAGCAUCCAUGGCCUUAAGGAACUCCAGGCAGAUCUCAUCCACCCUCGGGGCGCUGCCACCGAGGAGCUUUUUGACAACCUCAGCAACCUCAGCCCCAGAGAUAGGAGAGCCCACCGUGGAGUCCCCAGGCUCUGCUUCCUCAUUGGAAGACGUGUCGGUGGGAUUGAGGAGGUCUUUGAAGUAUUCUUUCCACCGAUCCACAACAUCCCGAGUUGAGGUCAGCAGCACACCAUCCCCACCAUACACGGUGUUGACUGUGCACUGCUUCCCCCUCCUGAGACGCCGAAUGGUGGUCCAGAAUCUCUUCGAAGCCGUCCGGAAGUCGUUCUCCAUGGCUUCUCUGAACUCCUCCCAUGUCCGAGUUUUUGCCUCAGCGACUGCCAGAGCCGCAGACCGCUUGGCCUGCCGAUACCUGUCAGCUGCUUCCGGAGUCCCAUGAGCCAAAAAGGCCCGAUAGGACUCCUUCUUCAUCUUGACGGCAUCCCUCACCACUGGUGUCCACCAACGGGUUCUGGGAUUACUGCCACGACAGGCACCAACCACCUUAUGGCCACAGCUCCGAUCAGCUGCCUCGACAAUAGAGGCACGGAACAUGGCCCAUUCAGACUCAAUGUCCGCCACCUCCCUCGGAACAUGGUCGAAGCUCUCCCGGAGGUGGGAGUUGAAACUCCUUCUGACAGGGGACUCUGCCAGUCGUUCCCAGCAGACGCUCACAAUACGUUUGGGCCUGCCAGGUCUGACCGGCAUCCUCCCCCGCCAUCGGAGCCAACUUACCACCAGGUGGUGAUCAGUUGACAGCUCCGCCCCCCUCUUCACCCGAGUGUCCAAAACAUAUGGCCGCUAGUCCGAUGAUACGACCACAAAGUCAAUCAUGGAAGUGCGGCCUAGGGUGUCCUGGUGCCAGGUGCACAUGUGGACAACCUUAUGCUUGAACAUUGUGUUUGUUAUCGACAAUCUGUGACGAGCACAGAAGUCCAAUAACAAAGCACCGCUUGGGUUCAGAUCAGGGGGGCCGUUCCUCCCAAUCACGCCUCUCCAGGUCUCACUGUCGCUGCCAACGUGAGCAUUGAAGUCCCCCAGCAGAACAAGGGAAUCGCCUGAGGGAGCACUCUCCAGUACUUCCUCUAGAGACUCCAAAAAAGGUGGGUAUUCUGAACUGCUGUUUGGCGCAUAAGCACAAACAACAGUCAGGACCCGUCCCCCCACUCGAAGGCGGAGGGAAACUACCCUCUCGUUCACCGGGUUAAACUCCAACAUGCCGGCCACAAGCCGGGCGCAACAAGAAUUGCCACCCCUGCCUGUCGCCUCUCACUGCUGGCAACGCCAGAGUGGAACAAGGUCCAACCCCUCUCAAGAGGACUGGUUCCAGAGCCCUUGCUGUGCGUUGAGGUGAGUCCUACUAUAUCUAGCCGGAACUUCUCAACCUCAUGCACCAGCUCAGGCUCUUUCCCUACCAGAGAGGUGACAAUCCAUGUCCCUAAAGCUAGUUUCUGUAGCUGAGGAUUGGACCGCCAAGGUCCCCGCCUUCAGCUGUCACCCAGCUCACUCUGCACCCGACCCCUUUGGCCCCUCCCAUGAGUGGUGAGCUCAUUGGAGGGGGGACCCAUGUUGUCUCUUCGGGCUGUGCCCGGCCGGGCCCCAUGGGCGCAGGCCCGGCCACCAGACGCUCGCCAUCGUGCCCCUCCUCCAGGCCUGGCUCCAGAGGGGGGCCCCGGUGACCCGCGUCCGGGCAAGGGAAAACGUGGUCCAAUGUUUUUUGUCAUCAUAGAGGUCUAUUGAGCUACUCUUUGUCUGGUCCCUCACCUAGGACCCGUUUGUCGUGGGUGACCCUACCAGGGGCAUAGAAACCCCUGACAACUUAGCUCCUAGGAUCAUCGGGACACGCAAACUCCUCCACCACGAUAAGGUGGUAGCUCAGGGGGGAGGUAACAUAAAUCUAAUUUUCCCAACAUUUCAACAGUACUUUGUCAUGUUACUUUUUUUUAUACUAAAAGGAUUUUUUUUCUUAUAAUAGGCCUUUGUUUUCAUUAAAUUAGUGGGGUUUUUUGUUCCCCAUUUCUGCUCUUUUUUUUUUAAUUUUCCAACUUUCAGCUUUCUUGUAAAUUUGUCUUUUUGUAAUUAUAACUUUAUUUCCACAAUAUUUUUGACAUAUUUGUAUUAUUAUAACUUUUCAGGAUUGUAACUUUCCAAAAACUGCAACUAUUUGUUUUGUCUUGUUUUUUUUAAUUCUCGUUAGAGUGCAACUUUUUAGUCGGAAUAUUUUGACUUUGUACUAAAUUACUUUUUCCCCCUCAUUUCUGCUGGGGUUUUUGUUUGUUUGUUUAAUUUUCCAGCUCUUUCCCUUGUCUUCUUGGAAAAUUUGUUCUCCUAAUUAUGACUUUAUUGCCAAAACACAACUUUGUUUUGUUGUUUCUCAUAUUAUGACUUUAAGUUAGUUUUUUUUAAUAAAACAACUUUUAAUUAAAAAUAAGCUUUCUUUCUCUUAAUAUUUUGACUUUAUUCCUGUGUAAUUGCUAAUGAUUUUUCCCAUUUUUGCUGCUGGUGUUUUUUUUUCAGUUUCCUUGUUAAAUUACAUUUUUUAGAAUGUGCCGCGGGCCAAUACAUACAGUAGAGUAACACAAAGCUACUAAGUCCGUCCAAUGAGAGCCAUCCCAUUCAAAAGCUCAAUGAAAAAGUGCUCAUUUUUGCUUGACACUGUCACUUUCUUUAGCAGUGUUUUUUUUUGUAUGUGUAGUACACUGCUUCACACAGACAGCUGUUCUUAAUAUUUUGGCUUUGAUAUGAAGGAGUCAAAACUCUUGACCGCAGUGAUAAACAUUGUUAAAUCAACUGAGCAUCGCUAUCUUUAUAAUGGCUGCAGUGUUUUACUGGAUUGAAUUUCAUUGUGCUCCUGUUGACUAAAGCCAACCCCCCCUUAAGUCCUACAGACUUUGCUCCCUCUGCAACUCCCUUUGGAUGUGUGCGGGUCCAGCUUGAGGAUGGAGAAGUACGAGAAGAUCGGCAAGAUCGGCGAGGGCUCGUACGGCGUGGUUUUCAAGUGCCGGAACAGAGACUCGGGCCAGGUUGUGGCCAUCAAGAAGUUUGUGGAGUCCGAGGAUGAUCCCGUGAUCAGGAAGAUCGCACUGAGGGAGAUCAGGAUGCUCAAGCAACUCAAACACGCCAACCUGGUCAAUCUCAUCGAGGUGUUCCGACGUAAGAGGAAGCUGCACCUUGUCUUCGAGUACUGCGACCACACGCUUCUCCACGAGCUGGACCGACACCCCCGAGGCGUUCCCGAGCACCUGGUGAAGAGCAUCACCUGGCAGACGCUCCAAGCCGUCAACUUUUGCCACAAACAAAACUGUAUCCACAGAGACGUGAAGCCGGAGAACAUUCUCAUCAACAAACAGCAGGUCAUCAAGCUGUGCGACUUCGGCUUUGCCAGGAUUCUCACCGGGCCGUGUGACUGCUACACCGACUACGUGGCCACGCGCUGGUACCGGGCCCCCGAGCUGCUGGUGGGAGACACGCAGUACGGCCCCCCCGUGGACGUGUGGGCCAUUGGCUGCGUCUUCGCCGAGCUCCUUUCUGGAGUCCCUCUGUGGCCCGGGAAGUCCGACAUGGACCAGUUGUACCUGAUCCGCAAGACCCUGGGAGACCUGAUCUCUCGACACCAGCAGGUUUUCAGCAACAAUCACUUCUUCCACGGCCUCUCCAUCCCUGAACCUUCGGAGAUGGAACCUUUUGAGCUGAAAUAUCCAAACCUGUCACAUCAAGCGUUGAGUCUCAUGAAGGCGUGUCUGCGGAUGAACCCGUCGGAACGUCUGACGUGCGAGCAGCUGCUGCAGCAUCCUUACUUCAAUAGCCUGUGGGGGAAGAGCCAGGGUGGCGGCCGAGAGCAGGAGCGCCAAGGCAACAAGAGGACACGCUUGCCGCGCAAACACCUCCCGGCUGGGUGUUUGCCUCAGUUGACGGGCAGCAGCGUCUUCCCAGCGCUGGACACCAAGAAGUACUACCACAACCUGCGCAAGUUCAACUACCACCUCCCCAACAUUUAGACGCCGGACUUCAUCCACAUGCAGGCCAAACACUCAGGAAAUGAAGCUGGGCGCUGCAUCCCGUAGUGUCUCUUAACUUAAGUCAUCAAACUGGGGUUGCACAAUAACUAUUGGACCGAUAUGAGGAAAUGAUGACAUCAUACCGAUGAAUCAGAUCAGUGAUCAUUUAAAAAAACGCUCCAGGUGAGAUUACCCGUGCUGUGCGGGUGAGCCAAUCCAGCGCUCCUUUUUUCUCCUGUCUGUGACGUUAACGCCCUGUCGUAACUUCCCCUGAGCUCACUUGUCAACAAACAUUCACUUUCUGACAAAGACAGAAACAAGCGUUGCGGCAUUGGAAAAAUGUAAAUUUUUUGCCAGAGACCUCCGUGGCAUCACACCGGCUUCUCUGAGCGAGUGCCCAAAUACAGUGAACCUUGCUGGGCCACAGCAGGUGGCUCACCCUGCUCCAUACUCUGGAUUUCCUGAUAGUGAUGUGGUAGUAGUAAUGUGAUAUUUGGCAAGUCAACAAAUCCAAAUUUUUUCCAAUCCUUAUCUUCAGGUGUGCACAAAUUACAGAUAAAUCUUUUUUUUUUUUAAGUAGAUAGAAAAAGUUAUCGGUAUAUUGGUCUUCAGAAGCAGAAGGUUUUCUGUAUCGGUUUGAAAAAAGAUAUUCAUCUCUAGUCACACCUGAUGAGCGAGGACAAGGAGCGACGCCAUGCUCUGCUCAUUAAAAAACGACAUGGAAGGGGUUUUUUUGCCAAAAAUUUCCUUCUGUCCUGCGACGGACUCUGUAGGAGUGAAACACAGCUUGAAAUAUUUAUUGACAUGAAAAAGAGUAAUAUUCAUAUUCCCACAUGAUGGCGUUGGUGCUAUGGACGUUCACAGCCAUUCAUCUUACAAAUGCCAAAUUCAUCUUUUCAACAAUAAGCCCAAAUGUGGAUUACUGGUAAACUGUUGAGAAAUAAAAUGGUGUCAACAAUAUAAAGUGCAGUUUGUAAUGACUCUUGUAUAUUUUACUUCAUAAUGCAAGCACACACUCCACCAGGAAGCAGUUCUCAGUGGCCAGUGGCUGCCCCAGUUCUUUUCAGUCCAGGUGCAGGUGUAAAUCCAGACGGGGAAGGGCCGUCUUGA